AUGCCUCGGUCCUCGAGCAUGACGAGCGACGGCCAUGAAAGGCUGGAGCCGCGUCUGCUGCGGGCCGCGGAACACGACGACAUCGACUCGCUACAGAAGAUCCUGACACUCGCGAAAGAAUAUGGACAAUUCGGCGACAAUUUCCUGCGCGUGGGCGUUAUGCGCAGCGCUGAACGAGGCAGCGUCGCUGCAACGGAAUUCCUCCUGAAAGCGGGCGCCAAAACGGACGUCACGGGAAAUCGCCUUUCACCUCUGCUCCGCGCCGUCGAGCGCGACCAUUACCAGAUUGUGCGAUUGCUCCUCGAUCACGGCGCGUCGCCCGAUAGUACCGAUAAAGAGGGCCGGACAGCGCUGAUGACGGCUGCGUGGAGGAAUCAUGCCGAUAUCCUGCAGUUGUUAAUUAUUCGUGGGGCGAAUGUGAAUGCACGCGAUCAUCGCAAGCGCAAUGCAAUGCAUAAUCUGGCGGCGGAUAAACACCGUCAGUGGGGGUGGACAGAAGAGAUUGUUUCCCUGCUGCUGCGGACCGAUUGCCAGAUUGAUGGCGUGGAGGGUCGGGAUGAGCUGGGUCGUACGCCUUUACAUUGGGCGUGUGCGACGGGCAAUUGGCGUCUGGCAGAGUUGCUACUAACCAGGCCUGAUGGACCGCCAGCUCAGAUUGAUGCCACCGAGUUGCGGGGGAAGACUGCGUUGCAUAUCGCCGCGGCGCAUGAUCGCGCCGAUAUUGUACAGUUGCUGUUGCAGCAUGAGGCAGCGGUUAAUGCUUGUAGUGAUGGCAAUUGGACUCCUCUGCAUAAUGCCUGCGACAAGGGAUGUGAGGAGAUUGUUCGGAUUCUCUUGCGCGCCGGAGCUCACAUCAAUAGCCAGCUUCUGAACGGUGUGACACCACUGCAUCUGGCGGCCCAGGGAGGUCACCGUGAAGUCGUGGAGUGCCUUUUGGAGAGACCAGACUUGAAACGGCGCGUUCGCGAUAACUUUGGAAGCACUCCCUUCCUGCGCGCGGCGCAGUUCAAGCGGAAGGAUAUCGUUCUUCUCCUGGCCCCGUUCAAUAACGUUGAGUCACUUUCAGAGGAUGUGCGAGAUGCUAGUGCGGCGUUUGACGCGACAGUGGUUGACUUUGGGAACUUCCACAACGAGAACCGUGUGAAGCGGAUGUCGGUAUAUGAUCUUCUCUAUGGCCGUGAUGCUGAGAACCCUCGCAAGCAAGCCGUGACGACCGUUCCAGUUGAUAGUCGUGCGACUGAGUUCCGCUGGAUUCACCUGCCAGCAAACAAUAUGGCCUGGGUCGAAGCCCUGCUGACCAAAAGUUUCAUUGAGGAGGGGGCGCAUGAUGUGGAUGGUUUCAAGGGCCUGGAGAAAUCCUUAAACUACCAGCAUCGAGGCCAGAAGAUUCAUUCACAUUUCAUGCGGCCGUUGUGUCAGCAUACACCCCGAACGAUAUUCCGAAGGAGAGAAGAAGAGAAACAAGAAGAACAGCAUUCGGAUGCUGGACAUUCCAGCAUUGCGGAUAACAGCUCUGUCAUCAAUCGCAAGCAGAGGGGACCGGGUGGGAAGCUGGACCGGGUCGAUUCUCAUUAUUCCCAAGACUCAGAGACUACCGGCAAGAAGGGCAAGAAGAGCAAGGGAGGCAAAUCGGGCAGUAACCCCAGUACUCCCAAGAUGGAGUCAAAAAGCAAGUCGCCAUGGGGAAUGAGCGAGAAGCAAGCACGGUCAUCUCUCUCCGCGUCGACACUGUGUAAGGAUCAUCAUGGGCUGGUCUCCGCAUGCAAUGUCUGCGUGUUUAUGCCGUAUCUGCAUUUCGAGACUGCAGAGCGACGACUAAGGAUGCAGGAAGCCAUUCAGCGCGCUGAACUACUGAACCUCCAGCCACGUGCGAUGAAAAGAACUCGCACUCGAGACGAAAUGCUGAUCGAUGCGCAUCUCUCGUCAUCGACAACUUCCCUCCAUGUCCGUCGGACACUGGAUCAGUUCUUCUAUCCAAACAUCGAUACCCACAGCCGUGAUCAGGACCAGGUCGUGUACCGGUACCAAACGAAGGGCCCUGGACGUGAAGGUCCAGGAACCGAUCCCAAGAUUUUUAUGGUUGACCAGUUGUGGAUGUGGGUUCUGGGAACCAAUCUUAUUGUCACCAGCUUUCCUCAACGCUGGGAACAGCCGAAGAAUGACCCACUGAAUGUUCUGGAUGGCAUCAUCGAGGACAUUAACUCCAAAACCCGUGAUCCGGUAAAGUCGGUGUAUGACCUUGCAAUCAUUAUCACGAACAGAUGCUCCGGUGUUUUUGAUCGUCAUCGCCUCGGCGACGACGAGUAUCAAUUCCUGGACAUGUUUGAGUCCUCGAUCGGUAUAGCCACUGAUCGAGAGACACUCCUCUUCAACCGCUUCAAUCAUGCCUCAGCACAAGCAUCCGACUGGCUGAAAAGCCACCGCAAGCUGAAUCCCUUCUCCCAGAAAUCGGCCGAUGGGAAUAAGGAGGACGACAACUCCUGCAGUAACAUCGAAGAUUACUGCGACGAUGGUCAACCGCUCUUCGUCGAUCGACUACUCGACAUUGGCGAGGAGACCGAUCUGCUCGCCGAGACUAAAGAUAUCCGCGACGAGCUCAACAUGAUCCGGACGGUCCUAGAACAUCAGAAACAUGUCCUGGCAGACUUCCAGGAAGUGAUCUGUGAAAUCUACCACGGGCAGCAUCGCUCGCAGUAUGAAGUCAAGAAGCGGUUCAAAGAUCAGCAGCGCAUGAUCGACAUGCAUCUCAAAGAUAUCGAUCGGAUGGACAAACAAGCGGAACGCAUCUACCACUCCAUCACAGACCUGCUGGAUCUGAAACAGAAACACGCCAACGCCUUCGAAGCCCGCUUCGCUCGCGACCAGGCUGCCGGCACAACCCGUCAGAGCAAAACGAUCAUGGUCUUUACUAUUGUCACCAUUAUUUUCCUCCCCCUCUCAUUUAUCACCUCAAUCUUCACCAUCAACAUGAAAGAAUUCGACAAUUUGAACCUCGCAUACGUGUCAAAGUACACAUUCGGUGUGGGCUUCGCAAUAUCCAUUCCCUUAAUCCUCGUCGCUCUUUCAGUCGAUGACAUCGGCGACUUUUUCCGCAUGGGCACCCAACACAGUCGACAUUGGCUGUCCCGUCGACAGCAGCAGACUCACCCGACCGACCGCGGAGACGGGCAGCUGCAGGCACUGGAAAUUGAGAAGAUCCUCAGCCUCGCCCGGACGCGUCGGAGCGGUGAAAUGGAUUACGGACAUAGCUUAUUGCCGGUUUCUACGAGGGGCACUGGUACCUCGAGACGGCCGGAGAUUUAUUCUGGACUGGCGAAUGGGAAUAUAAGGACAAGUUAUGACGUUAGGAGGAGUGCGGAUUAUCGACCUUAUUCAUGA